UUUGUCAAAUGUCGCUCAUCUGUGAGUUGAGGCCCUGACUCCCUUCACACAGAAGGAAGUCGUCUCUCUCUGAAGAUGAACUCAACGGACCUCCCUCGGGAUGCCCCCAACACUACCCUGCUACAUGUGCCUCACUCCCAGGGAGGAAACAGCACUGCUCUCCAGGAAGACCUCCAGGACCUCAUCCACACGGCCACCUUGGCGAGCUGUACCUUUCUGCUCGCAAUCAUCUUCUGCCUGGGCUCUUACGGCAACUUCAUUGUCUUCUUGUCCUUCUUUGAUCCGGCCUUCAGGAAAUUCAGAACCAACUUUGAUUUCAUGGUCCUGAACCUGUCCUUCUGUGACCUCUUCAUCUGUGGCGUGACGGCCCCCAUGUUCACCUUUGUGUUGUUCUUCAGUUCAGCCAGCGGCAUACCGGAUGCUUUCUGCUUCACCUUCCACCUCACCAGCUCCGGCUUCAUCAUCAUGUCCCUCAAGACAGUGGCGGUGAUUGCCCUGCACCGGCUCCGCAUGGUGUUGGGGAAGCAGCCGAACCGCACGGCCUCCUUUCUCUGCACCUUGCUCCUCACUCUGCUCCUCUGGGCCACCAGUUUCACCCUCGCCACCUUGGCCACCCUGAAAACCAGCAACUCCCACCUCUGCCUUCCCAUGUCCAGUCUGAUUGCCAGAGAAGGGAAAGCCAUCCUGUCUCUCUAUGUGGUCGACUUCACCUUUUGUGUUGCUGUGGUCUCUGUGUCUUACAUCAUGAUUGCUCAGACCCUGCGGAAAAAUGCUCAGGUCAGAAAGUGCCCCCCUGUGAUCACAGUUGAUGCUUCCAGACCACAGCCUUUCAUGGGGGCCCCUGUGAAGGGAGGUGGAGAACCCAUCCAGUGUACCAUGCCAGCUCUGUACAGGAACCAGAAUUACAACAAACUGCAGCACGUUCAGACCCACGGAUACACCAAGAGUCCCAACCAGCUGCCAACCCCUGCGGCCAGCCGGCUCCAGCUGGUGUCGGCUGUCAAUCUCUCCACGGCUAAGGAUUCCAAGGCGGUGGUCACCUGUGUGAUCAUUGUGCUGUCGGUCCUGGUGUGCUGCCUUCCACUGGGAAUCUCCUUGGUGCAGGUGGUUCUGUCCAGCAGUGGGAGCUUCAUCCUUUACCAGUUCGAACUGUUUGGUUUUACGCUUGUAUUUUUCAAGUCAGGAUUAAACCCUUUUAUAUAUUCUCGGAACAGUGCAGGGCUGAGAAGGAAAGUGCUGUGGUGUCUGCAGUACAUAGGCCUGGGUUUUUUCUGCUGCAAACAGAAGACUCGACUUCGAGCCAUGGGAAAGGGAAACCUCGAAGUCAACAGAAACAAAUCCUCCCAUCAUGAAACAAACUCUGCCUACAUGUUGUCUCCAAAGCCCCAGAAGAAAUUUGUGGACCAGGCCUGUGGCCCAAGUCAUUCGAAGGAAAGUGUGGUCAGUCCCAAGAUGUCUGCUGGACAUCAACACUAUGGUCAGAGCAGCUCAACCCCCAUCAACACUCGGAUUGAGCCGUACUACAGUAUCUAUAACAGCAGCCCGUCCCAGGAAGAGAGCAUCCCACAUAACUUACAGCCAGUAAAUUCUUUUGGAUUUGCCAAUUCAUAUAUUGCCAUGCAUUAUCACACCACUAAUGAUUUAAUGCAAGAGUAUGAUAGCACUUCAGCCAAGCAGAUUCCAGUCCCCUCUGUUUAGAGUCAUGGAGGCUGGAGAAUCUUAUAUGUUUUUGUUUCUGAUACUAGUUGAUUUUUUAAAAUUCUGUGAGACCAGAGGUAUAUCAAAACUUAAAGACCUAGACA